AUGGACGAAAUACACGCGGUGAUCGAAUUGUUCAUCAGCUGCCGCGGCAGCGGCUGGCCUCUAGUCCGCAUAGAAGCCGAGAAGCAGCUGCUCAUGCAGCACCUCUUGAUGGCAGCACCGAUGGACAAGGAGGAGAUCGAAGAUUUGAUCAAGAAAUGCUUUGAGGCGGAUAAUAACGGCGAAAUAAAUUUCCUCAGCUUUUGGGCAGGAAUGGAACAUUUAUUGGAACUUCUGGGUAUCCGAGACUCGGCUGGGGGUCAGGUCGAUGAGAAGGUGUAUGGACUGCAGGUCUUCAGAGACGGGCUUCUCGAGGAGGCCAUGUCCAAGAAUCAAGGACCCUCGAGCAGCGUGCUGCUUUCGCGAGACGAGGUGCUCAGCAUCAUCGAGCACACAAACAAAUCUGUUGCCUUGCACCACACGCAGCUUAUCGCCUCCUACGGACCAAAGGAUUCGAGAAACAGCCGCUCAGUCAACGCGCCAUGCGCCUCCAGCUUAUUUUGGGACGAAGUGUACAAGGAAACGGCACUUUUGGAUCCUUCUUCAGUACUUUCUGUUACGGAGCUCUCCAUGAUGGUCUUCGGGUUUCUCAAGGCGUACAUCCACGAGGUAUCGACAGAUCCCCCGCUGUCGGAGCAGGCUCUCCACGAGGCACACAAGCCAGCUGCCCAAGCGGAGGAGGCGCCUGCACCGGUAACGCGGCUGACCGCAAGCGGCGCUAGCAGCUUAGCGUCGGAGAGCGACUAUGCAGCAGAGAAAGCCCCAACGGCGAGCUCUAGCGAAAGAGUUGUUGACCGGUGUGCGGAGGCCUCCAAGCAGCAGCCGCAGGCAUGCUUGGCUGCAGGGGAGAGCUGCCCCACUAAGACCGGCGUGCACAGGCAGGGUAACAACAGCAACACUUUGUCAUCGCCAGGAGAGGGGCAACUGAGCAAGGAAGCGGAUGAGCUUGCAGGGCCACUCGCGACGCCCCAGAGGAUUGCUGGCGAUUCUCGCGAAGCCUUUUCCCAGAGAGCACCAGCCAUUAGCGAGGAGGAGCACCAGCAAGAUGCUGUGGAGGCCCUUAGUGACGCCGAUACGCUGUCGAAACCGUCUCAAAUGGAUAUUGCGGCUUUCCUCAAGAGCAUUCACACCGAUUCAGAAGACCCCAUUUCGCAGUUGCAGCACUUAUUGCUGAUUGCUGGACAACUGGUGGAGGGGGGAACUUUGUCCAGGAAGGAUGUGCAGCGCUUGCGCUACGCGAACGCAGCUGCUGUGGACUGUCUGGACCGCUUAUGUGUGGAUCGAGACAAGCGCAAUGACGAGAUACACGAGGCAGCCUUGGCGCUUCGGCGCACGCGGACAGAAAAGCAGCAGCUCGUGAAGCGGUUGAGCGACCUCGAGCAGCAGCACAGUCAGCUUCAGCUGCAGCAGGAUUACCAGCUACACGAGAGAGGACAGAUUGAGCAGCUGCGAAGUGAGCUGUCUUCGGAGCGCGCCGAGAAGGAACGUCUUUUGCGUCUGCUGCGUGAUAAAGAGGAAGACGUACAACGCAUUAUGCGGGAGAAAGACGCCAUUUCCGCGAAGAUCUCUGCACAAGACGCAGAGUACACCUGUCAUUUGGAGGCUGUCAAUAAGCAGCAAGAGGCCUUGGCGGAGGAAUACCGCGAAAAUGUUGAAUCUCUAACACGAGAGAAGGCGGAGUUGGAAGACAAGCUGCGUCUGGCAGAGGAUGCGGCUGCAGCAGCGGAUGCCGCGCGCCAGAAGUUCCAGGGAGAUGCCCACACAAGUGCUGCGGCCCUCAGGCAAAGAAUCAAAGAGCUUGAGGAUGAUAAGCAACGGCAGGAGACGGAGGCGGAGGAGAACGAUGCCCUGAUACUGCAGCUUCAGGGUCGGCUGGAGGAGAAGGUCCAGCAGGUGACCAUCCUGGAGGUGAGGACCAAGCAGCAGCAGCGCUUGCUGCAGCAGGUUCGCGGCGUCCGCAACUCGCUGAUGCACGUUCUUCAGGAAACAAAAGAGUCGGAGGCGGAAGGCAGCAGCCCGGUUGAUCGCGUCGGGCUGCCGCAGCCGAGUGCAGAGGCUGCGAAGCUCAAGACGGGUCUGAAGGCUGCUUUGGCUCACAUCAAGGAGCUGGAGGCCUUCAACGAUGAAUUGCGGAUGGAGCAACGCCGUGGAUUACACCCGCGAUACGAGCUGGCUGCAGCUUUGGGGGAAUCUUCAGCGCCUUAUGCUCAGAGGCGGCAGCUUGUCCAGCAAUCACACGCGCCCCUGCGUGCCUUGCCUACUUUGGGCGCUGAAUUGGAGUUGUUGGGGCUGACCACCGCUGCCUCGGCAGGUGUACCUCCUCUUGAGGACGCCUUGACUUCCGGCACGGAGAAAGCGCCAAACCCCACAGGCGAAGACCGAGCUUCUGAGAAGCCCGAAGCGAUCCAUGCCCUUGACAAGCUAGACGAAGCGCUCGCAGAGCCGCGGCAAGCAGAGCACACGGCCGAUUCGCACGGCGAAUUUCUCACAGUAGAGCGCAGCCAAACAGGCAGCGAGCGAAGUCUCUCAAAGCCGCUAACAGGGGAGAGGCCGCCCAGAGAUCAGGAGACGCCGCAGAGCGAAUUGACCACGCACGCUGUGGCUAGAGACCUUUCUGCCGGACCGCGUUGGAGCGACGAGGGCGUGCGGGCAGUCUCUGGCCACGUGCCGUCUUGUACAUCUUUGCGUUCCGAGCCAUCGACCACAGACGCCGUGUCGAAGGAACCCACGUCUUCUGCCAGUCUUCCCGAAGCAGAAGAUAUCUUUGAUCCUCUGGAUUUGUUGCAGUCGGAAGACGCGGGAGCAGGGGAAGUCGCACAUGUCCGGCGAGACGCUGUGGCCAACUCUUCCGGAGCUUCCAGUGCGACGCGUGGCAGACUGACCAAGCUGCGACGGUCCUCAGGCGUCUCUGCAGGAAGGCCGAGGAACGCGGACGCCACGCAGCCACCGGCAGGCGUAGAGGCUUCCCCACCCAUGACGCCUAUUGGGAAAGCGAGCAGUUUGACUGGUCUUGACGUCGCGCUGGGAGGGAGGCGAUGCCUGUCCCGGGCGACAAGCGGCAGCAGCGCGUGCGAACCAAAGCCCUCUAGCGGUACGCCGUUGGUGGCUUGCACUUCGCCCAGGCUGGAGACAACGGCGCGUUCAGCGCUCAUCAGGGACGCGUCACCUGGUAGGCCUCCGCUAGACGAUUCGCUGGGGUCUGCCCGUUCGGAUGGCUCGUUCCUCGGCCUCCAUCCUGCAGGAGAUGCGCCAGUACAUCACUCUGGGCGCUCUGGUCACGGACGCGUGCGCAGCGCCAGAGCGGGCCACAAAGGGAGCGAAGUACUGAACCGGCGAGGGGCUGUUGACUCGACAGCACUCAGCAGCGUUUUCAACAUGUUCGGCGCAUGCGGUGCCCUCCCCGGGAACGCCAUGGAGCGCAAGGCGCACUCAAAGGACGCGGCUGACGCAGGCACCGGCCGAAAGGCGCUCCUUGCGGAAGAGAAACGGAAGCACCCUAUGCGAGCCCUUGCCGCGGUAGCCGCAAGCAUGUCCUCCAAGGAUGCGGGCAGCUUCCGCUAUUUGCAGCGCAGCAGCCAAAGCACAGGAGCAGCAGGACCGGCGACAUCUGCAAGCGAAACGACUCCCAGGGAGGGCCUUUUAAGAGCUCGGAGGACUGUGUCUAUGGGACGCGUGGAGAUCCCGUCUCGCGAAGCACCGCAUCCUGAUGAGACUUCUGCUUCUUGUUCCUCAGAGAGAGGAGGCGCUGCGUUGCUUUCCCGCGUCCAGCUAGCUAGGGCGACAGACGCUUCCAGCGCUGAGGGUUUCCAAGGGAAGCUUGGAGGGUCCGCAGUCACCUGCGGCUCGGGUGCGUCUCUGCGUUUGGCGUCAGAGGUGGAAAGCAGCGGUGGAGCAGCAUCUCCCCGUCGGAGGAAGCCUGAGGACUCGAAGCCUACAGCGCUCGGGACAGCGGAGGCGUGCCGCAGAGGGGAUGAGGCAAGCGUUAAGCGCAGCCCGCGAAGCCGCAGCAGCAGUGCGGAAUCGCCAUUUCGGAUGGGGUCUUCCUCCAGUAGGGCGUUGGGAGGUUGCCAGCCCCUUACGCCUAAUCCUUGCGAGCAGAGCAAAGAAGGUGCAAGAACGCAGAAUGUUAGCCACGGGUGUUGUGAUGGACAGGGGUCUUCUUCCAAGACUGCUCAGUGUGGGGGGCGCAGCAGCAGCACCCCGCGGUCUCCGUUGAUUGCGCAGCUGUCGAUAACGGACGCAGACGCGGGAAAGGCGGAAGCCUCUGCGGAAGAAGGUCCAGAAAACGCGCUAGCGAAGAGAGGGACAACUGCAGACAGCAGAAGUCAAGAGGAGUCGGGGGAUGAUCCGGGCACUCCCAGCAGCCAGAGGCUCUCAGAAAGUGAGCGCGCAGUCUCCAUGCCGCACUUGCAAGUCGGCUGCAAUGGCCUGCAUCAGGAGCGACAGGACGAGCAGACAGCCUCCGCGGCAGCCUUGCUGGCUGCCGCUGCAGGCGUUGUCGAUGCCUCUCUCCAGCAGCAGCAACUCAUGAUACAGCGGCAGCAGGCCCACCAUGAAGACCUCCAGAGGGCGCAGCAGCAGCGAAUCGAUAUGCUGCAGGAGCAGCUGGAACGGCUACAAAGAACCAAAGAAGAGCAGCGCGAGUCCGGAGCGCAACAGCAGAAGAAGAUGAUUGAAACUCUGCAGGCGAAACUGGAAGAGCUACAGCGGCGGCAGGAGCAGCGGGAGCACGACUUCCACGAAUCUCAACGCAAGCUUCUUCAGCAGGAACUUGAAAUUCAGCUGAAGCAGCGGUUCGAAGAGUUGAAGAGUUCUCCUCGCAGGCUAAGCUUGGAGUCUGCAGGGGUGAGUUCCUCAAGUUUGGUGGCCUUUCCUGCUCAUUCCCCUCUAGAAGGGAGCGCGACGGCUCUGCGGAACGCGCUGGAUGGCAGUCUGGACUGCACCCAGGUUGCGUUUGAGUCUGGAAGGUCGAGGAGCACUUUUGCUGAGGAGCCUCUCCAACAGGCAGGAUCCCUGCAGGACAGCGAAAGCAGCCGCCUUUUCGGGUGCUCGCUUGCGUGCAGCAGACUCCCAGCAUUGCCAGGGGGUGGUGCUGGUGAAGGCAGGGUCCUCGACUCGCAGUUAGCGGCCGGCGGAAAGACUGACAAAGCACGGGGUGCUCUGGAGGCUGACGCCUGGAUGCACAAACACGUGGAGGCGCGCGGAGGCGCAGGGCUACCAGAAGAGCAUACGAGUGGUCAGCAAGAGUUGCGCUGCUCACACACGAGGAACUGCCCGGGAAAAGGGCUGAGAGCGCCAGGUGACGAGGAAUGCGUCACUCUGGAUGCAUCACGAUGCGGGAGUCACUGUUUCAACUUGUCUUUCCCCAGCUGCUCGGGUGAAGAGGUGUCGACAACCACCAGCAGUACCAUUAUCAGCCAGUCGCCGACGCCUGCCGGGUGCGCUGUUAGGCCAGCACAGCGUACUUGGCACUGGGGUUCGGACGGCGGGUUCCCCCCCAUCGACCAGCAAAUGUUCGUGCUGAGGGGUGACCGCUGGGGGGCGGCCGCACAAAAGACAGCAGCCUCGAGCACAGAGACGGCACCGCGGCAAUACAGCGCCUCUCGGCUGCCUCAUCUGCCGUCAGCGCGUCAUGUUGGUGCACAUCAGCACUUGGCUAUGCCUUCUGGUCACGCAGAUCCUGUGCUUUCUGCGAGCACAAACCAGCGCAUCAAUAGCUCUGCAGGCUCUUUGUGGAGCCCUAAAGCCUCCAAGGAGCAGGUACCAGGGUCAAGAGACCUGCACGCUUGCUGCGGUGCCGCGCCGAGCGCUGCUCGUCCACAUGCGGCGGCGGAGGGGCUGCUCUCUGGCUGCGUUGGCGUGAAGGGGCUUUCCAGAUCUUCAGUUUUUUCAGAACUUCCCCGGGUAGAGGAUGCCCCUGCCCUAUCUCUGCCGAGUCCGUCGAAGGGGCACCGCCAAUUUCAAGAGACUUGGGGGGAAAUGAGCUGGGGACCGUCGCCGUCUGCUUGCCAUCCCGUCUCGCGGGCUGAGAAGGUCACGGCCUUGCGGCAGACGCCCAUAGACAGCGACCGGGGUCUGGGAGGCGGCAGCCACACCAGCGAGCAAGGGCCCACGCGUUCUCCAUUAACUCCGCUGCCUGAAGGCGUAAUGCCCUCUCGAGACGCUCAGCUGCGCGCGCCUCUACCGUCGGCGCGGUCGCUCGCAUCCACGACUUCUCACGCUACAACGGCCACCCAAAGGUGGCCUUGGGAGCGUGGAAACACGCUCACGCUAGAACAAACGAAGCGGAGGGACAAAGGAGGUGCGGUGCCCCCAUCGGCGGACUUCCUCGGGGUCACCUCCACCUCGGCGCGCGGCACAACCACUCACCGACACACGGUAUCGCUGAACGCCCUGGCCACGGGGGCAAGGCGUUAUUAUGGCGUGCAAGGCAGAGACACGGAGACUCCUGAUGACGCCUCAUUUCCAGACCGCCGGAGGAGCGAGGUAGGGGUCAGAAACACGCACUCCUCAGCCACAAUCGCAGGAUACGACUGUGCUCUGUACGGCCCUCGGCGGACCGUUACCCCGCUCAUGAACAAGCUGUCUUUUCCGAAUGCACCUGACGUCGAAUCCGUACGACAACGCAAAAGUCUGGCUGCCUGUUCAACUGGACUUAACGGUGCUGCCCGCGGUUCCAGAGAAUCGCUUUGCGGAAAAGCGCUUGACUGCAGCGAAUCUGAAACUCCCUACUACCGCCGUUCCACGACGAGCGGUACGCUGCCUGAUGUUGACGUGCUGCACUCCGCGUCGCAUCACCCCCGUCAAAAGACGCGUCACGCACCCGCCAAAAAAGGCAAGUGUGACAGGAAAACACAGCGUGAAAACGGCAAGACCCCCGAGAAAACCACCGCUGACGAGCGAUCCAGCAGCGCCUCCCAGCUGUCCCUUGAUUGGAGCAGUUUCAAUAACAGUCUCAUGACCCAGCCGCAGUUUCUUCUCGAGCUAACCUCUUGCGGUGGUGCCGCUACUGUAACUGCGCAAUGUACUAAUGUUGUGACUUAG